CAUGACCGGAGCUGAGCAGGUCAUGUGACUCAGCCUGACCGUGUUCACUGUUUAUAACCUUCUGGUUGGAGCUUCAGACUGACUGUAUCUGUGUUUGGAGGCUGAAACUUGGUCCAACUUCACAGAACCGACGGUAAACAUGAGGUUGUUGCAGGAAACUCUGCUUCUCCUGUUACUGUGGAUCUGUCUAGAGUCUGCACACUCCAGGGGCUGCUCCACGUUUUUCUGCCGGAAAUCUCACUCCGUCAGCGGCCCUGAUGGAGUGGACCCGGGCUCCCCUCUGUUCCUCACCCCCUACCUGGAGAAAGGGGCCAUAGAUGAAGCCAGGAAGCUGAGUCUGGUGGGAAAACUGCCCGGAGCCAAUGUCAAGAGCUACUCUGGAUACCUGACAGUGAACAAAAAAUACAACAGCAACCUCUUCUUCUGGUUCUUCCCUGCACUCAUGGCAGGCCAAGAGAAAGCUCCAGUCCUGCUGUGGCUGCAAGGCGGCCCUGGUGGAACCUCCAUGUUCGGUCUGUUUGUGGAACAUGGGCCGUAUGUGGUGUUCAAGAACCUGACCGUCGGGUUGAGGGAUUAUGCCUGGACGACCAGAUAUUCAGUUUUAUACAUCGACAAUCCAGUUGGAACAGGUUUCAGCUUCACAGAUGAUGACAGAGGUUUUGCUCAGAACCAGGAUGAUGUCGGCAGAGAUCUGUACAGUGCUUUGACGCAGUUCUUCCAGAUCUUUCCUGAAUAUCAGUCCAAUGACUUCUAUGCAACUGGAGAGUCGUAUGCAGGGAAGUACGUUCCUGCCAUUUCUUACUACAUCCAUAAAAACAACCCCACUGCCAAGGUGAAAAUCAACUUGAAGGGGAUGGCUAUUGGUGACGGACUCUGUGAUCCAGAAGGGAUGAUGGGCGGUUAUGGAGAGUUCCUGUAUCAAAUAGGACUCAUAGAUGAACUCCAGAGGCAGUAUGUUGACAAGCAGACGGAUUUAGGCGUUCGGCUCAUCCAGCAGCAGAAGUGGGUGGAGGCUUUUCAGGUUUUUGACAGUUUGCUGAAUGGUGACUUGGUGCCAUAUCCCUCCUUCUUCCAAAACUCCACAGGCUGCACCAACUACUACAACUACUUGAUGUGUCGGGAGCCUGAAGACCAGGAGUACUUCAGCCAGUUUGUGACCCAGUCAGAGGUGCGACGCUCCAUCCACGUGGGCAACCUGACGUUCCACCAGGGAUCGGAGGUGGAGAAGCACCUCAUGCAGGAUGUGAUGAAGAGCGUCAAGCCAUGGCUGGGGGUGCUGAUGGACAACUACAGGGUCUUGAUGUACAGCGGUCAGCUGGAUAUAAUCGUAGCUGCCCCUCUGACUGAGAGGUUCCUGCCUACCGUUAACUGGACCGGUGCUGCCGAGUACAAAACAGCCCCUCGGUUCCACUGGAAGGUUCAGCCUGAAGACACGGAGGUGGCCGGUUAUGUCAGACAAGUUGGAGAGUUUUACCAGGUGAUCAUUCGAGGAGGAGGACACAUUCUGCCUUACGACCAACCAGCCAGGUCCUUUGAUAUGAUCGACAGAUUCUUGUCUACGCAGGGCUGGGUAUGAGAGGUACCGGUGCCGAGACACAGCCGAGAAAAGCACCUUGACUUUAAAGAAACACUGAUCAUUGACUGCUGAUUUUAAAGACUGCUGAUUGUCAGAAGCCAUGCUAAUCAGCAUGUUGCAUUUUAUGCAGCAGAUUUUCAAUUUUUUGGGUUUUAGCAGAUGAAACUUUUGGUUUGGAUCAUUUUUUGUAUGCUGUAAGUUCUGUUAGCUGGGAUGCAGAUCUCUGAAGUACUGAGAAUGUUUUACAUGAGUUUUAGCAACUAAAAUCUUAAAAAACGAAGUAGAGACAAAUUGUCUGAUUCUCAGGUGAGUGGUUUUAAUUUGGUACGUUUUUGUCCAGGUCUAGCCAAUAUCUCCCCACAGUUUGUUGGUUGUGUUUUCUUUGUGUGCGCUUGUACUCAGCCUUAACUUUGAAACUGGAAAAAAUGGUUCAGGUUGAAUUAUACACCAGUAUUACUGCAUAUCCUGUGUACGUUUUGUGCUCAUGCCCAGGACGGGACUGAAUAUGAUGAAAGAGGAGGCAGUUGGAGCAAAAGGGAUGGUAAAUCUGGCCCAUGGCAACAGUCUAAAUAUGGGUCAUUGCAUCUCUAAGCAUCAGAUAUGUGGUACAAUUUGUGUUGUGUUCAAUGAGUACAUGCUUGAAGACGAAAUGCAAAGACACAGUGCCAUGAAAAAGUUCUCAACCCCUUCCUGAUUUCUUUUUUGUGAUUUUCACACUAAACUGUCAGACCUUCAAAUGUAAUCGGAGUAAACCUAAAAUAGAAGUUUUAAAUGGUAAUUGUACUCCUGAAAAGUUGACAUGUGACAUGGAGUGGGAAUGAAUACUUUUUCACUGCUCUGUAAAACCUUGAAAGUGGAGAAAUGACUUGAAAUAAAGAUGCAUUUUUACGUCAGAUUGUUUUCAUGUCAGUCUGAAAACCUUUUCAAGUGGACUUCUGUGAUGGUGUGUUGAAAGAUGACUGCAGAUAUGAAAGUACUCUUUAGUUAAUCAAUACAAUGUACAGCAAAGUUGAUAUCAUUAAAUCUUUGAUCAUGCUGAAAAAUAA